UCACCAGCAAAAGAGAGAGCAGCCACCAGGCAGAGCUUCUCCUCUUUCUUAAACCCCAUCCCAUCCCAUUCAGCCUGUGCGACAAGAACCCGUCCGCGUAUCUCCGCCCUCUAACGAGCUCUCAGCCCGCCAUUGCCUCGCUUCCCGUCGCCCGCACGGCCUCAUCCUUGCCGCAAUUCGUACCUUCGCACCGUCGACCGACCGUUGGAGCUCACACGCUGCAGCAAGCAACCCACCACUUUCUUCUCCCCCACAGCAAAACACCAACACACACGCAUCGCGACAAUGGCUGACACGGGUCUUCCCCCCAACUGGGAAGUCCGCCACUCCAACUCCAAGAACCUCCCCUACUACUUCAACUCGGCCGACAAGGUCUCCCGGUGGGAGCCCCCGCAGGGCACCGACACCGAGAAGCUCAAGCACUACAUGGCCGCCAACCACAGCGCGGGCGCUCGUGUCGGCAGCGUCCCCAGCGUCCCCGAAGGCAAGAUCCGCGCCGCCCACCUGCUCAUCAAGCACUCCGAAAGCCGCAGGCCGAGCAGCUGGAAAGAGGCCAAUAUCACGCGCUCCAAGGCGGAUGCUCUCAAGACCAUCCAGGGCCACGAGCAGGACAUCAAGUCCGGCAAGGUCUCCCUCGGCGAUCUCGCCACCACUGAAUCGGACUGUUCCUCGGCCCGCAAGCGCGGCGAUCUUGGCUAUUUUGGCCGCGGCGACAUGCAGAAGGAGUUUGAGGAUGCCGCUUUCGCUCUCGAGCCUGGAGAGAUGAGUCACGUCGUGGAAACGGCCAGUGGCCUGCAUCUCAUUGAAAGGUUGGAGUAAACAGGGGGGUUAGCUGCGAGGCUCAACAAAAAAGGAUACGAAAUGACCCCUGUUGUGUUUAUGAGACAGCGGGUGAGAACAAGAAAAAAAUAUCAACAAUGGCCUGAAGAAGGACAGCAUCGUGACAGGAUUCGUGUAUCGACCUGAACGGGGCACGUUGCGAUGCAGGACGCCGAAAGGCUCAAUGGUGAAUCAAUCUUGUGUGGAUCUAUGGUCUCGUACCAAUGCCUAGUUAAUGCCACACACGCAAGACAGCCGCCCCCUCCAUCGCUUUACUAUGAACGCCCUCGUGUUGCGCACCCUGUGGUAUCGACCCAUCUACGCCAAGCAGAC